ACGAGAUUUUGACGUCAUGAAUUUGAAAUUCAUCAUGGCGGACGAGAAGUCCUUUAUUCGGAUCUUAAGAUGAUUUUGAUAAUGAUACAGACAAUUCAUGUAAAUUGCACUAGAUAAUCAGUGGAUUAAAUUUGUUUCUGUGAAAAAUCGGUUUAAAUUUUAAAUUCUUGCAAAAUGGCUACACUGGAUGAUUUUACCCUUGGAAUAACAACAUCUGAUACAAGAAAGCGAGUGCAGACUCAUUCAGACUUAGUGUCACAUUUAAGAGAUCCUUACAGUUCAAUACAUUGUAUAGACAUAGAUGAAUUAAUCGGUGGCCUUGUAGCAUGGGUUAACUGCAGUAAUUAUAAGAUAUCCAUCAAUGGGUUAGAAGUAUUAUGUUUAAUGGUAGACAGGAUGGGAGAAGACUUCAAACCACAUAUCUCUUCAGUAAUGGUGGCAGUGGUGGACAGACUGGGAGAUUCCAAAGAUCAGGUCAGAGAUCAAGCACAGCAAUUAUUGUUGAAAUUGAUGAUGCCUGGAUCAUCACCUCAGUUUGUGUUUGAAAGAUUGAUGGGAGCCUUCAACCACAAGUUAUGGCAUGUAAGAGAAGGGGUACUCAUAUGUUUACAGAAUACAUUAAACUUGUAUGGAGCCAGAUGUUUAUCUCUCAACAAAAUCGUUCCUUCAAUAUGCAAAUUAAUAGAAGACCAGAAUUCACAGGUUAGAGAUGAGGCUGUUAAUACUCUAUGUGAGAUCUAUAGACAUGUCGGGGAAAAAGUUAGACAGGAUCUGGCGAAGAAAGGAAUACCAGCACAGAAAUUAACCCAGAUAUACCAAAGGUUUGAUGAAGUAAAAGCAUCAGGAAACAUGUUGGCUACAGCAGAUUUUGCUCCAAGUCGUGCAGGUGGUGACGAUGACACAGAUUUUGCUCGUCCGACUUCCACAAAAGUUCUCACCGCCAAAAGAGUUCAGCCAUCAUCCAGUACUACAUCAAAAAGAAGUGGUGUGCCAUCCAAAUCAUCAUCAGGGAGCUCACUCCAACGUCGUCGGUCUAUUUCUGGGCCAGUUUCAUCAGAAGCCAGCAAAGGAGCUGUGGAUGAAGAUUUUUUCACCAGGUCAUUUGAAGAUGUCCCUAAAGUACAGAUAUUUUCUGCACGAGACAUGACAGAUGUAUUGAACAAAGCCAAAGACAUCCUGUCAGAUGAGAAGAAAGAUUGGGAGAAAAGAAAUGAAGCUAUUAAAACUGUUCGAUCUGUGAUAGUACAAGGAGGGCAGCAGCAGGAUGAGUUUUUCCAAUUGUUGAGGGGUAUGGAACCCUGUUUUACCAUUUGUAUCCGGGACCUUCGAUCUCAGAUUGUUAGAGAAGCCUGUAUUACUGUAGCAUAUAUGUCUCAGCAAUUAGGAAGCAAGUUUGAUCAUUUUGCCGAAUCUCAGAUGAGUCAUCUCAUCAACUUGAUACCCAAUAGUGCUAAAAUCAUGGCUACAUCAGGAAUAGUCUGUAUACGAUUCAUUUUACAAUACACACAUUCCCAUAGGUUGUUGCCAAUCAUAACUUCAGUGUUAACAUCAAAAUCUGCUACAAUAAGACGACAAGUUUGUGAAUUCAUAAAUCAAAUUUUACACACUUGGCCAACACAUGUUUUAGAGAAACAGAUAGCUAAUCUACAGGAUGCUUUAAAGAGAGGAAUCAAUGAUGCAGAUACUGAGGCCAGGGCAUUCUCUAGAAAAGCAUUUUGGGGAUUUGCUGACCAUUUCAAAGAUCAGGCAGAUGCCUUGUUGAAUGCCUUAGAACCCUCCAAACAAAAACAGGUUAAAGGAGAACUGAGUGGAUCAUCUAGUAAUAAUUCAUUAAAUAGUGCUGAAGGGUUGACAUCACGUCCACGAUCAGCUAGUACAGAUAGAGGCUUCGAUUCCAGUACAUUAGGAAGGAUUGGAAAGAGAAAAAAUAAGUUCAGUUCUGCAAGUAGUGAUACAGGUGGUGCAGAUUUGGAUGUUGAAGGCGACGCCCACAAACAAGACUUAGACAAACCUCUUUACGAUUUAUAUGGCCGUAGAAUUGGACGUUCAAAUAGUGCCGCAGACAUAACCAAUCCCUAUGCUACAGCGCCCAGAAACCGUCGAAAUCAGACAUCUGGGAGAACAACACCAGUGUCAUUUUCUGGUCGUAUGACACCAACUUCACAAAUCUCUGGACGUAUGACACCAACAUCAUCGAUAUCCGGACGCAUGACACCUACAUCGUCCGUAACUGGAAGAACAACUCCUGUGCAUUUUUCUCAUAACUCAGGAUCAUCAUACAAUUCAACAUAUAACUCACUGCCGAGACAGAAAAGUAGUACCAGUCAUUCAUCCACCAGUCGACGACCGAGGACUUCAGGCGCAUCACAGUCUCAACCCAACAGUAGAUCUAAUUCUCCCAACUCGCGACUUGGUUAUGUCUCCCAUACACGAAAAGACAGAACUCCAGCUAAACCACGGCGAUCGGGAAUGGUCAGAAGUCAAGGUGCUAGUCGUGAAGGUAGUCCCAAUAGAUAUGGUCAUUCUGGCAGAGAACGAAGACUAAGUGGAAGUAAAAUCCCCUCAUCAGGUGGCAAGACCAAAGUGCAAGCACAUCGUGUGUUACGUCCCGGCUCUGAUGUGGAGGAUGCUUUGGCUGAAGCCUUAAUACGUGGAGGUAGAUCAAGAUAUGAUACGUAUGAUUCAGAUGACGCUGCCAGUGAAAACUCUAGUGUGUGUUCAGAAAGGUCUUUUGCUUCUCUUGGCAAAACUUCUGAGGCAUCAUCGGAAUUUGAAAAAUGGUACUAUCGACUCCCCACGCCUACGCAGCACAAAGAUAUGGACUCGUCAUCGUCAUCGCCCCCUACACUUAAAUCUGAUGAAAUCAAGGACACAGCAGAAAUUAUUUCUCUCUUAGGAAGCACUUCAACAUCAGACAGAAAAGAAGGACUCAUAGCUCUACAGAAUUUAUUACGAUUAAAUCGGUAUUUAACGCGGGUAGAAUUACGGAAAGUUAUGGAAAUUUUUACAAGAAUGUUUCAUGACCCAGCAAGUAAAGUUUUAAGUUUAUUUUUGGAUACAUUAGUUGACUUAGUGAUUGUACAUAAUAGGGACUUACAUGAUCAUUUGUAUUUGGUUUUAACUAAAUUGAUUGUGAAAACUGGUGCUGAUAUGUUGGGAUCUCAGCAGACUAAAGUACAGAAAUGUUUAGACACUAUUAGGGACAAUUUUCCAUAUAAUAUGCAGUUUAAUGUGGUAACAAAGUUUAUCAUAGACCAGACACAGUCACAUAGUUUGAAGGAAAUUGACCCUCCAAAAAAGGUUAAGUCAAGUUUAUUGAACUUUCUGCACAGUUUGGUUCAAGUUAUGGAUGUCUCUGAUUUAAUGAAUUCCGCAGACUCUCGACUAGCAAUCUCACGGAUAAUUAAUUGGACAACUGAGCCAAAAAGUGUGGAUGUUAGAAAGGGUGCUCAAAUGGUAUUAAUAGCAUUAUUUAACUUAAAUCCACCAGAGUUUUCCAUGAUGUUAUCAUACCUACCUAAAGCAUUCCAAGAUGGUGCAACGAAAAUUUUACAUAAUCACAUUCGUAGCGCUAGUCAUGAAAGUGAUGUGUUGUCUCCAAGAAAUGUGACCAGUCCCCCUCAAAACAGGAGUAGACCACCAUCGCGGACGGAGCAUCAUGAUGAGCUGGAAACAGAAAAUAUGAACCCAGAAGAUAUAUAUAAUUCUAUCAAAAAGACUUCUGCCGAUAUUCAGAAUUUAAGUAUAAAUAGUAAAUUGGACAGUUAUGAAAAUGUUAAGAAAAAGAUAGACUUUACUUCUCAAGAUAGUGGUAUUCAGGAUUUACGGAAUGACAGUCCUGAUGCCGUUGAUGGGAGGAAAACACAUUAUAAUCCUUCUCACUAUCAAGACGAGGGAAUAUUAAAUGGUUUGAAUAGGUCAAGGUUAGCAGAUCCAGAUUUUGACGAAGGUGAAUCAUUUAAUGAAGAACCAUGGAAAGCAUUGUUAGGGAUAUCUCAGUAUGAAGACGAUUUUUCAGAAAAUGAUAUUAUUUCUGAAAUUCUUAAAGAAUUAUCUAACCACAAUGAAAGAAAUGAAGAGAGAGAAGAAGCAAUGAAACAGUUAAUCAAAUUAACCCGAGAAGGAUCAUUUGGACUGUGGGAUGAACACUUUAAAACAAUAUUGUUGAUAUUACUAGAAACUUUGGGCGAUAACGAUGUACAAAUUAGAGCAUUGGCCUUAAAAUGUCUGCGAGAAAUAUUGCGGCAUCAACCAAGGCGAUUCUGCGACUAUGCUGAAUUAACUACACUGAGGAUAUUAGAGGCACAUAAAGAUCCAGAUUGGAGGGUACAAAAGGCAGCUGAUGAGUGCGCAGAGACUCUAGCUAAUUAUAUCCCACCUGAUCAAUGUAUCAGAAUCCUAACCCCUAUUGUCCAGUCAGCAUCACAUCCUAUCAAUUUAGGGGCCAUCAAAAUGCAGACUAAAGCAGUCGAGAGAAUGCCUACAGAUGCCCUGGAAGGCAAACUUACCGACAUCAUUCCUGGUUUAGUAAAGGCCUAUGAUGAUCAAGUUAGUACCGUCAGAAAGUCUGCUGUAUUCUGUUUAGUUGCAAUUCAUACUAAAGUGGGAGAGACAAUAUGGAACUACCUUACCAAACUCAAUUAUAGUAAAGUAAAAUUAUUGAAUUUAUACAUCAAGAGAAAUCAACAGAAGGAAACUGAGAAGAAAGUGGGAGGGAUCUGAAACUGAUCAAAUAACAUUCUAGAAGAAUAUGUAAACAAUUCCAAUCAGUUUCAUUAUAAUACAAAUAAUUGUGAUCAAACUUCCAAGCCUUUCCAUAACCUCAGAUGUAUACUGCAUUUUAAUUGGACAGCUUAGCCAUGUGAUUUUUGAUGGAUUUUGUUGCCAUUUAUAAAGCUAUUUGAUUGGAUAGAAGUUGCUCACAUGAAUUGUCUGUGAUUUUUGAUUGGUUGAUGGAUCAGGCUCAGCUGUACAUUAGUGGUCUGAUUGGUUAAAGUUUUAUGUUUAACCACGAACAAAUAAACAGAUUAUGUAUUUAUUUAUAUCUUUCACUUGUAUCUGAUGCUAGUCCAGUGUGUUUUUAUUGAAAUAAUUUAUGGGUUCUGUUAGAUAUUAGUGACAGAUAUUAUUUAAUAACUUCACAAUGACUUGUUUGAAUGAAUAUACUCUCAGUAUUUAUUAUUAUAUAUAUAAAACAUAGGUCAGUCUCUUUAUAAUCAUAGCAAAAUAAAGUAAACUUUUUCUUAAAACACAAUAUUAUAAAAUAUAUCAAUUAUGGUACUAGAUGAUGGAAUAUCAUGUGAGAUUGUGUGUCACUGAUCUUCAUCUUGCAAGAAUUUUAGAAUUUUCUAUGGAAAAAGUAUCUUGAAACUUCUUAUAUUCAUAGAUACUUUCAGAUUUUAUUUAUUUACAACCUACUCAGCUAAGAUGGACUUUCAUUAGUAAAAUUUGCAUGUUAAAUUCUUUUAAUUCCAUUAUUUGCAUACAGUAUUUCUUAUUUCUUAAAUUGAUUUGAUUAAUCUCAAAUUCUUGUCCAUUGAUCAACCAUAACAUAUAGAAGUGUGAAUAUAAUUUUGUGAAUUCUCAUUGACAACAAAAAAAAAAGGCCUGACAGUUGAGGAAGAACCUAUUUUUUGUGGUUUUUCCAAUAAAUUUAAGUUUGCAGUUGAUUAUUAAUAGUUUUCUUGUCCAGACCAAUUUGAAAUACUGUUGAAAUAUUUAUUAAAAAAAAAUUAAAUAUGAAGGUGUAAUCUUUGAUAUGAAUAUGAUGUUCACAAAUUAGAAAAAUAUUCAAAACUCUUAAUAUUUUGAAAAUCCACAACUAAUUUGAAAUAUCAAUGAAAUAAAAUGUGGCAUAUAUUCUUCCAUAGUGGAGACUUGACAGGAAUCUGUUUCUUCAUAGAAAUAUUGAUGAAUCCAACCUUUAGAUAUAAAGGUCACGUUUUUUGUUAUUGUGCAGAAGUGAUAAAAACUGAGGUUGUAUUACAUUCUUUUUUAUUCAUAUAACAUAAUAUCAAUAUAAUUGUCCAGUCAAACAAAAUAUUAUUGCUUCCUUUGUCAUUAUGGAGAAAACCUACCAUUCACAAAAUGUUGGGGUUUUUUCUAAAAUUUUCUGUGAAUAUAAUACAAGGUAUUAUGAACAUUUAAGCAGAAGUUUACAUUUCAUAUUUUCUCACUUUCUUAUCCUCAAGUAACCUGUUAUGCGGUUCUUGUACUUAUGAUAUUGUUAAUUUUGUAUUGAAUGAUUAGAAUGGAAGAUAGUGCAGAUUAGGGGAAACAUGAAUAGAGAGUGAUGUAUGAUGUGUACAGAUUACAAAAGGGGGAACAAUAAAAUGUAUAAUUGGGAGGAUGACAAGAAUAUGUAUUUCUUUUUUUUUUAAUUUUUGAGAGAUCUAAUUUUAUCACAAUGACGUAUGUGAACACUUUAGUAUAUGAAUGGAAUCAACAAUUAAGUUUAAGAUCUAUGCUUCCAAAUACUUGAGCAUUUGACAAAAAUUGAAACCCAUACAGUUAAUACUGUCAUAUGGAAUUUCAAAUUUACAGCUUUUUUUACUCUUUUUUUUUGUGCUUUAAUAUGCAAGCAGUUAAAUGUAAAGGCAAUAUUUUUUUUUGAAUAAUAAAAAGGAACAUAUUAUAAGAAUGUUUUCAAUGAAAUAGGGUUCAGGGUUUAAUCAUUUACAUGUGAACGUCUAAACAGAUAUAGUUUGGAUAUUCAGUAUCAAAACAAGAUGGUCAUUUAUGAUAUGCAUGUGUGUAGUGUGAGUGAUUUAAAAAAAAAAUUGAGUACUUAAGUACUGUAUAGUACUAGAAUUUGUACUAUUUCAACUUGCCUGGUACAUGAAAAUAAUUGUUUAGUUCGAAUGUACAUAUUCACUGGAGUAUGUUGAAUGUAUGGUUCAGCUUGGCUAAUAUGAGGAAAAGUUUUAACUGUAAAUUUUUUUUGUUUUUAAUUUUAUGCAAAUUGAAGACAUGUUUUAGAAUUACUGUACAUUAUUUAAAUUUCUUUUAAAGUCAAUUUAUUUAUAUAACUGUAAUGUAUAGUAUUAAAUACGAAUUUAGCCUUACAAAAUUUACAUGGCUAAUUUCUUAUUACUUUAAUUUCAGAAAUAAUCUCAAGCAUUCGAUAUUGUGAUUUAUUAUUUUUAAAUUGAACUAAAAUGCAAGGUUAAUUAUUGCAAUUUCUGCAAAAAAUAUUGUACCAGAUAUCAGAAAUGGGAGUUCUUAUUUAUGCAACCUUCAUUCAUUCACAAUAAUUUCUGAAUUUUCAGUAUUCAUUCUGCUAACAAUUUGUAAGUUAGUAAAGAACAUUAGAUAUUCUAAAUUUAAUGACUACAUUUUUAGAAAUGAUGAUUUUGGUUGUAAGUGAAUGGAAGUGACAUUAACUAUAGUGUACUAAGUUGAAUGGAUGUUUCAUUUUUAAGUGUAUACAUGUUUAUGGUUUGGUGUAAAAUGUGUGUAUCAAUGUGCUUUAUAUGUACAAUCUUGUGUAAUUUAGAUAUAAAUUCACUUUGGUAUGAAACCAUACCAAUAAAACAAAUCUAACCUU